CGCAACAAGUCGUGAGCGCGCACAGCCUUGCGUUGCGCCUUUUUUUUAUUUAAAAAAAUCAGUUAUUUAUAGUAUCUGAUUUUUUUUUUAUUUCCACAUUGCUGGUUAAAGUCAGUAAACGCUUUUCUAGGCCUUUUUUUAAUAACUUGUUCCCACAAUGUAACAGCACUACGCUGUUGUGAACAUUAAUCCUAAUCUCUUUGUGAACGACUUUUCGAUUUGUUCCCUGCCGAUCAAAGCCGAGCAUGAGAACUCCCGCGGACUUUGGACUGGUCGCUGUGAGACGGAGCCGCGCGCUGGAGCUCUGCUGAAAGUCGGGGAGAAACUCCAGCGCUUCACCGCCAGCAUGAGGAAGACUGCUUCCUCAGACUUAGCCUCGACCUCAUGGGCUUACCCAUCAAAAGGGGCCUCUCUUGAUCAUCACCCAGAGGCCCCAGUGAGGCUUAUCUGCAACUCCUUUGAGCCGGAGAAGCGGAUAAAUCCUGGUGCCCCAGUGAAGCCAGUCCACUCUGAGACCUGCUGUGAGAAACAGAGACUCAAUGGUAUGAACCAUGUGACGGUUGAUGCACAAGCUAUAUCAUGCCCCUCCAAGAACGUGCGGAGCUUUUCCUUCCAACGGAAGUGCGGUGCGACAGGCAGCGAGCGGACGCCACUUCGAGGCCCAGCCAGUGCUUCGCAAGCAUGGCCAGGUCUCCAUUUCAUGGGUUCUUUUAAAAAGUUGCGGUCCUCUGUUCUCCAGGGCAUCCAGAACAGGGGGGGUGUCACAGGAGACCAUCAGGAGAAAGACUUGUCCUUGAAUAAUCAGGAGAGCAACGGUUUCUUAGUAACCAAAAGACCUUUUGUAAGCAGUCAGACCAAUGGAAAGGAGAUACCAAGGGUUAAUAACCGUACAACGGCUCCAGGUGUUUCUGAUGAGGAGGAUGAUUACGAGGAAGAUGACUGUGGCCUAAAGAGGAACUCACACUUCUCGCGGAGUAUACGUAGAGCAUAUGGACCAGGGCGCAUCUCCUUGUUGGACAACGGAUCAAAAAAAUCGGAAGGUUCUUCCGCUCAAGCAUCUGCUCCUCGGACUCGACCCUUCAGCACUGUGGAACCCACCGGACCUGAUGUAAUUUUUAAUACUGAUGACAAUGUGAAGGCCUUGAGUAGACUUAGCAAAAGCGCUGAUAACUUGCACGUAUUCAAAAGUCCUUUCAAAUGCAAAGUACCCUCGACUCACAACCUAGACGAGUCGAGCACUCCAAAUUGCCAGAGAACAACCAAUGCUUCAUCUGCGGAAGGGCAGAAAUGUGUAUCAGGCGCCAUAGGAAUGCGGGGAAAGAUGCUCAAAUUCGUCGGCAGUUUAACAGACCUGUCUAGCAACCGCAGGCCAAACCCCGUCUCCACCCCCAGAGCCCCGUUAUCAGCCCUCAGCCAGCUCCAUGAUGACUACUGCCGCAGGACUCCCUGCGUACCUGCUCUCGAACGUCAACGCAGACCCCCACCUUCCAACACCUGUCCAGAUGACAAGCAGAAAGUAAAGGCUGAUGUUCACAGCCACUCCCCAGCUGUACACGCCAAUUCUUCAGUACCCAUUACUGUGGAUGCAUUGAAUCAUCAGGUUCCUGAGUGUUCCCGCUCCACAGAAAAGCUCUCCAGUUCUUAUCAAGUCCAGCUUCCAUCGGGCUUGCCGACGUCAUGUUCAGAUGUUUCUGUUGACCCUGUUACUCCUGCCACAGGAAAUUUGGGGAAUGUGAAGGACAAACAAAAUGUGAAAAGUGAAGUUAUGUUCCUGGAUGAGCACUGCACCAGGCCAGGACAGGAGCAGAGACUGGACAGUGAUAAAGUGAACUUGGAGUGCAUCUGGAAGACUCCGGAGAGACAGAGCAAAAGUCUAGAGGCGCCAUCCGAAGAACCGUCUUUCACAGACCUCCUGAAGUCAAACCAUGAAAGAUGCAGCGACUCAGUGUUCAUCAGCCCUCCUGUCACACCCACCUGUGCUGCAGAGCCGCCCCUGGUGACAACACCAACAUCGCCAGCCUCGCCAGCCUCCUCCUGCGACACGCCCGUCUCUACCGUGCCCCCGAGGAGGCCCAACACAAACAAACCUCGACCAAUCUCUGACUACGGACAGCUCAUGUGCAGAAAGUACGCCGUCCCCAUGGAGGAGAUGGAGCUCCAGGGUGACGCUCAGGAGCGGUGUAGCGCUAACGACACACACCCUGAUUCAGAUACUCAAGAGAGCAGCACUGUGAACGGAUGCACGGACAGCAGGAGGAGGCGUCCUAUCUCGGUGAUAGGAGGAGUGGAUCUGUUUGCGUCUCCUGACGAGAAGGACGAUGCUGAGUUGCCUUCUCCCGUCACUCGACCCCCUGUGCCCUCUCACGGCGUGCCUCCGUACCGCGGCGUAUCCGCCCGCCUGCGUCCCUGUGUCUUCUCCCAGAGCACACCGACGGGCCUGGACCGCGUGGGUCGCCACAAACCACAACGAAUCCUCAGCGAUGGGAACUCAGGGCUGGAUGGCAGCGUGAGUGAGGAGGACGGCAGUUUUGAUGAGAUCACCGACGGAACGCCGUAUCUGCAGCCAGAGGUCGAUCUGUCAACUUUAAACCAGUACAUCUCGUCGGGACAUGCGGUGUACGCCGAGGCCCUGUGGGACCACGUGACGAUGGGCGAGCAGGAGCUGGCCUUCAAAGCCGGGGACGUCAUCCGGGUGCUGGACGCCCAGGAGAAAGACUGGUGGUGGGGGCUGGUGGGCGAGAGGCAGGCCUGGUUCCCCUCCAGCUUUGUGAGAGUGCGUGUGAACCAGGAGGACUCGGCCAGCGACAGCGCGGAGAACUCUCCAGGACAGCAGGAGGCUCUUCAUAAAGAACCGCGCAGCCAGAGCUCUGAGCACCGGGAGCAGAUGAGGGCCAACGUGGUCCAGGAGAUCAUGAACACAGAGCGCGUCUACAUCAAACACCUCCGAGAUAUCUGUGAGGGUUAUAUCCGCCAGUGCAGGAAACACCCCGGCAUGUUCACAGACGCCCAACUCAAGACCAUCUUCAGCAACAUCGAAGAGAUCUACAAGUUUCAAAGAAAGUUCCUAAAGGAUCUAGAAAAGAAUUACAAGAAAGAAAACCCUCAUUCGAGUGAGAUUGGCUCGUGCUUUCUUCAACAGGGCGAAGGUUUCUCCAUAUACUCGGAGUACUGUAACACACACCCGGCCGCGUGUGCCGAGCUGCAGCGACUGAUGAAGCAGGGACGCUAUAAGCACUUCUUCGAGGCCUGUCGCCUCCUGCAGCAGAUGAUCGACAUCUCCAUCGCCGGCUUCCUGCUCACGCCGGUGCAGAAGAUCUGUAAAUACCCGCUUCAGCUGGGCGAGCUGCUCAAAUACACACCUAAAGACCACAGCGACUUCGAAGGUGUGUGUAAAGCCCACGAGGCGAUGAAGAACGUGGCCAGUCUGAUCAACGAGAGGAAGAGGAGGCUGGAGAGCAUCGACACCAUCGCGCACUGGCAGGAGGCCAUCCUGCACUGGGAGGGUGAAGACGUCUUAUCCCGGAGCUCUGAACUCAUCCAUUCAGGUGAGCUGACGCGAGUGGUCCGUGCCGGGAAGACGCAGCAACGCAGCUGCUUCCUGUUCGACCACCAGCUGGUCUUCUGUAAAAAGGACGUCCUACGACGAGACCUGCUGCACUACUGCGGACGCCUCAACACGGACAUGGUGGUGCCCCUGGACCUGACUGACGGCCGGCACCCGGACCUGGGGACGCUGCGGAACGCCGUCGCCCUGCGCAACCCUGACACGCUGGAGGUGCUGUGUGUGCUGAGCUGCAGGAAAGCCCAGGACAAGCAGCUGUGGCUCGAGGCUUUCAGCCGAGAACGCAGACGUGUGAAAGAGGACCAGGAGAUGGGUAUGGAGAUUAGUGAAAGCCAAAGAAAGCAGGCGAUUCAAAAUGCCAGAAAAUCAAAGCGAGGCAAAAUUAAAAAUAUAAAAUACGCAGGUCACCCAGUGUCCCAUCCGCACCAACCCUUACACCCCCUCCACCAGCGCCACAUCACUGUACCCACCAGUAUCCCGCAGCAGCAGGUCUUUUCUUUAGCAGAACCCAAGAGGAAACCUGCACACCUCUGGUACAGCUUCACGCGCAACGCCCUUUUCAGGAAAUGACCAGGACAAUAGAAAUGUUAUAGUCUUUAAAUAAUAAUAUAAAGAAGUUCCUCAUACAGCUCCGGUGCCAAUGUGAAGGACAACAGAGAAGAACAAAUACGUAGCGUGUGUGUGUGUGUGUGUGUGUGUGUGUGUAUUUGUGAGCCUUUGCUACCAAAAGUGUUGAUGCUCUACGUAUGUGUGUGUUGCUGCUGUGGUAAUGGUGCUGCUUGUAUCUGAUUUUGUAUGGUUCUGUUCACCACAUCAGCGUAUAUAUUAUAGAUGACCAUGAUGCGUAUUCAUCAAGCUUGAUGUAAAAUUUUAUGAAGGUAAGGCUGGAACCUUUAAAAGUUAGUUCUAACUUUAGAAAAGUCUGACACUGCACUAAAAAUAAAAUUCCUGUUCUGUAAAUAAACACUUACAUAAAGUGCACCUAUGUAAACUUA